CUUCCUGUUUAUCUGAAGCGUUAUCCGAUCCGACAAUAAAAAAACAAUACACGUAAGUCGCGACGGGUGAAUAAUUCGAAUAUUCCCCUUUCGCCGAUUGGCAUCUAUCAUUAGGUCAAGUUUAUUCUAAGAUAAAAACAACGAAACUGCAUCAAAGCAAGACGUUGGAAUUUUCAGCAGUAAGGAUUUCAAAGUCAGCCAAAGAACAUACAGGAAAAUAGAGGAAAGUUACUGCUGAACGUGGGUUCUGCUAGCCAGGUAUAACACACCAUGCUCACAAGCAAAGCCUUGGUGUGUGUUCUUGGGAUAUUUCUAGCGGUCUGCACGACAGCACAACCUAAAAAGACUAAAAAGCCCGGAUGUAAAGAGGUUGUCAAAAAACUGAUAGAGAGACCGCCAUCCUUCACGCGCAUCUCAGUGCGCAAGUCAAAAUCAGAGUCCCGGAUGUACGCCAAAGUGAAAUACGAAUGUACGAAUAAAGCGGUUCUUGAGAAUGGAGAGAAGUGGACGGUAAGACAGUGCAAGAAUGGAACGCUGCUUGGAAAAAAGCCGGUUUGUAAACCCAUUUCAUGCGGGCAGCCCGACCCUGUAGCUCACGCUAACUUUACCGGAAAUAGCUUCAUCGCCGGAAGUAAAAUAUACUAUGAAUGCCAACCUGGCUAUAGAAUGCAAGGACGUAGGUAUCGACGCUGUCGUCGCAAUGGCCGAUGGUCCAGAAAACCGCGUUGUGAGCUGAUCACGUGCCCGGUAGGAGAUAGUCUCAAGCUUACAAACGGCAUCAUCAACACCACGGAUGAGAGAUUCCGUAAUGGGACGCUUCUGCUUUUCGAAUGCAACGAGGGCUAUGAUCUGAUUGGUCCAGACAUAAUGAUAUGCCUUGAAAAUGGUUGGACACCUUUACCACGACGCAGGCCAUAUUGUAGAAAAAUCUCCUGUCCUGACCCAGGACGUCCUGACAAUGGUCGUCGAAUUGGGAAUAAUUUUGCCAUUGGCAAACAUGUAACCUUCGCCUGCCAAUCAGGGCUCAUACUCAGGGGGUCACGUGUCCGUACCUGUCAAUCAAACAGAAUGUGGAGUGGCUCCGUAGCCGUGUGUGAUGACGGUGCUUCCGAUUGUCCUGACCCUGGGGUGCCUGUCAGCGGUUUCAAGAAGGGAAACCGCUAUAACUUUGGUGCGGAAGUCGAGUUCUCUUGUCGACCUGGAUUUGUACUUGUUGGUUCGGCUAAACGAAGGUGUCAAGCCAAUGGGAAAUGGACUGGAAGUGAGGCUAAAUGCAUGGCUGAUUUCGAAUACAUGAUCAAAGAUGUCAACAGCACCGCCUACCAGCUGAAGCGUAACAUAGACACCAUGUUAGAGUACACGUGCUCUGGAAUGAACUCCACAUGCAACUUGACGGAGGUGGAUAUGAGAGCGCGUGCUAUUGAGCUGAAUGAAGCGGGAGGACUGGACGUGGUUUUUGUGUUUGACGCAUCCAGCAGCAUCAAAAUGGACGACUUCCGGCUUGGGCUUGAUUUCUCCAUAGAGCUCGUCAAGCUGCUGGGGACUUCCUGGAAGCCCGGAGGGACGCACGUGGCAGCGAUAACAUACGGAACAGAAUCUCACCUUGAGUUCAAUCUGGGAGACGCAGGGGCUCUGACAGCAAAAAGUGUAAUCGCGAAAAUUGGCAAGAUAAAACGGAGUGGAGGAGGAACCGCUAGCCGCUUGGCACUCGACACCACCAUCAGACAGGUUGUGCCUUUCACUCGAGAAGGAAGCCAAAAGGCCCUAUUUUUCAUCACCGACGGUCACUCAAACAUCGGCGGAAGCCCGCGCAAGGCUGCUAAAAUCUUAAAGGACAAGGGGUUCCAGAUCUACGCGAUCGGCGUGGGAAAGAAAGUACGCAGGCGCGAAUUGAUGGAGAUCGCCUCGGAACCCGAGGAUGAAUACGUGAUUUCUGUUCGCAAAUACAAGCAACUGUUGAGUGCAGUGAAAAAAGCAGUACAUAUUAAAAUAGACUAUUCGCCAUGCGGUGAAAGCCAAACAAAUCUCCGCGCGAGGAUCGUGGGAGGGAACGAGGCGGGGCAUGGCACGUGGCCGUGGCAAGUUGGGAUUUACAGAUUUGAUCAUUCUGGUAACCAAAUGCAGAUUUGUGGUGGUGCGUUGAUAAACCGCGAAUGGGUGCUCACAGCAGCACAUUGUUUCUACAAAACAAACCCAAUCACUAAACGCCGAGAAAAAGACAUCGUGUUUCCGGAGGGUUACGUGCUUAAAGUGGGUGAUAACCAUCUGCUGAUAAAAGAACCUACUCAACAAGACCUAGUUGGAAAGGACAUCAUUCUACACCCUAACUACAAAGAUGCGCCCGAUUUCGAAAACGACAUUGCUCUGGUCCGGCUUAGUGAAGCAGUUAAGCUCGGCCCCUUCGUACGCACGGUAUGCCUACCGAAAAAAGGGGAAAACUUACUCGAACCUAAAAAGUACGGAGUUGUUCCUGGAUGGGGUGUCAUCGAAGAACUGAAGGUUGGACAGAGGCUCAACAAAAACACUAAAAGGGCCAAGGUACUAAGACACUCGGCAUUUGAGAUACAACCCAAUGAUGUGUGCGAUAGGUCCACACGCCACAAUUUCAACGCGACAGUAACUUUCUGUGCGGGUGAUGGCAAGGGUGGCAAUGACACCUGUCAUGGGGAUAGUGGGGGGAGUUUUGUCCGAGAGUUUCGUAGAGAGGGCAAGUAUCGAUGGGUGUCGGCGGGGAUUGUAAGUUGGGGGGAGGGGUGCGGACAAAAAGACAAAUAUGGGUUUUACACUAGAGUAGAGCCAUAUGUACACUGGAUAAUCAAGACAGCCAUACCGAAAGGAGACAAGUAGAAAGUCACGAAAAUAUAGCGUGACCAACAUAAUAAGUCUAGGAACAGUAUGUAACGCAGUCGCGCAAAUCACACGUUAUAAGAUUGUCACGCAAAAGCAGCUUGUAAAUUUCGUCAGGCAACUAACCCGCUGUAGUCACGCUAGAAACAGAUAGUGGCGCUUUGUAUCCUGUUCUCCAAGUUUCUUUUGUUUAUUUCCUUAUAAAAAGCAGUAAAACCAAGAGAGCACGAAUCAUUCUCUUUUGCUAAAACUGAUAAACAGAACAUCUUAUAUAUAUUUUAUUUAAUAAAGAUAUAGUGGAAGUUUUUGAUA